AUGGACGACAUCGUUUCCUCUCCACCGGCUCCAAACCCCAAGAAACGACCAUCUCCCGAGGACGAGUCACCAGGGGAGAAACCAUUGAACCUCAAGGGCACCCAGUUCAUGAUGCCCACUCCACCAGACACAGACAACUCCAGCAACACGAGUCCUGACGGCAGUGCCAACAAUGAUGCUCACAAUCGCGCAGCAUCUCCGGCUCCGAGCAGCUCAGCACUCAGCAGCACAGUCGACAUCGUCUCAGAGCAUGCAUUGCCUAGCUCGAAGACAACAACUGGCCCCCCUACAGCAGCAGCAGCAUCUCCAUCAGGCCCUCCCCCGGCCAAGAGGCGAAAGCUGACUCCUUCCGAGAAGUUGGAGAAGCAGCAAGUUAAGGAAGCCGCAGAACGCGAGAGGGCAGCUGCCAAGGCGCGUAAAGACGAAGAGAAACGUUUGAAGGACGAGGAGAAGCGCAAGAAGGAUGAAGAGAAGGCAGAACUCAAGCGUGCGCAAGACGAGGAGAAGCGUAGAAAGGCCGAGGAGAAGGACGCCAAGAAGCGCGAGAAGGAGGUAGAGGAAGAGCGCAAGACUCAGGAGAAAGAGGCCAAAAAGCGUGAACAGGAGGCGAAGAAGCGUCAGCAGGAAGAAGAAAAGCUGAAGAAGGAGAGGUCUCAGCUGCGAUUGGCAUCAUUCUUCCAGAAGCCAGCGACACCUGCAAAGACGGCAUCGCCAGACAACGACGAGAACCAACCACGAGCUAGGCGCCGAUCGUUGUCUCUCGAGCAAUACGAUGUUGUGGCUGACAGGAUCGGCUCUCCUGUCAAGGGAACUCCCCCGCCAGUCUCCGAGAAGAAGCCUUCCGCUCAGAAGCCCGCCGUGUCUGCCUACCACCGAGCGUUCCUGCCCUUCGAACUCCAGUCGCACAGCAGGAUGGCAGUUACACAAAAAGAAGCCUCGGAGGCUGCUCAAGAGAUCUUCGAUCGCGAACUCAAGAACCCAUCGUUACAGGAGCAAUAUGACUUGGGCAUGAUCAGCACCUACCAAGGAUACGCCGAGCUCGGUCAUUACUUUCCUGGCGAACGAGACCUUGAUCGAGGCUUGAACUUCCCAGCAACGAGGGACAUCGUGGACAGAAUACAAGGCACUGCGAACCAACCUAUCGACCUCACGAAAGGUCAAUCUUCACGGCCAGCAGUCGAAAUCCUGCGCGAUCUGCCGACCAAGCAUCUCCACUUCGCCGAGGAUGUUCGGCCACCAUACUGCGGAACCUACAACAAGAUACGAUCACCUGGGACUCGACGGAAGGUGCGUCGAAAUCCCUUCACUCGCGCCAGGCCAGACACGAAUUACGACUACGACUCAGAAGCAGAAUGGGAAGAGCCUGAAGAAGGUGACGAGGAGGUCCUUUCCGAUGAAGAAGACGAAGCUGAUAGUCAAGCUGAUGCGGACGAUAUCGAAGGCUUCUUGGACGAUGAAGAUGACACUGCGAAGAGCAAGCGCAAGAUGAUCACCGGUGAACUCGUACCCGAGAGCACCGGCUUAUGCUGGGCGAAGGAGAAAGGACGUAUCUCGGUCGUGGAAAGCAUCGAAGUGGAAGCACAACCUGAGGAGCUGCAUGGCAUGAGCAUGGGCGUACUACUUCCUGGCCUGGCAGGCAAGACCAUCGACCCAUUCUCGACUGUGUAUUGGGACCCGCCUGCUGCCUCACAAGCGCCCGGCCUAUUCGUCAAUGACCGUCCUGCUAGCACCAUGGCACCGCCUCGACCACCAUUGCAGCCACGUCUGAACCCGAACGGAACGUUGGAUAAGGGACACGAUUUCAUUGGAGCUACACAAGGAGUCAAAGGUCCGAUCACAAGUGUGGCCGCAUUACAAGGAGCGAAGCGUGGUCCUAAGCCGGCACCAAAGACCCUUAGCAAAGAGGACUUGGAGGAGUUCAAGGAAGCCGUGGUCGGUAGUCCGAUUGGCAAGCUCGAGCUACAGAAGGGCCUCAAGACCAGGUUUCCGAAGAUGACCAACGAAGUGAUCAAGGAGACGUUGAGCUCACAGUUCGCACAGGUCGGCAAAGGUAAAGCUGACAAGCGCUGGGUGUUUGUUGGUCAGUCAUGA